AUUGAGAAUCCAUCUUCAUAUUGAUUGUCCCAUUGCCAAGAAAACGCGUGUUACACUCGAAUCAAUAAAAUCCCAGCUUUUCGAGAUAAGAACUUGCCCUCCACUUGCCACUACCCCACGUAUUUGUCUUGAUUGGGCAAGUUGUAAGCUUAUUCCACAUAUACCGGCAAUGCGGUGGAGGACAGGGGAAUGCUGCUCGGUAGUGUAGAGUCAGUCGCGAUUGUGCGGGGGGAGAAUGCCAAGGCUGAGGUCGGACAUUGGACUUGCCUUGAGAGGGCGCCAGUAAGACUCCAGCUCGAGGUCCUGCCAAAAGCGGACACCCAACCGACGUUAUUCCCCGCUGUAUCCAGGAACCAAGAUAGCAGCCGACUGCCGGAUUCUGUGCGCGGCUGUUCCCCUGCAGCCGCACGCAUGAGCGCUCAAGACGUCUCGAGCAAGCAAUUGGCCGAACAUCGGGCCCGCUAGGCUUGAUCCAGCAGGUCUGUCUUCUGUAUCUGUCUUGUCCAUUUCCUCUCUACACAGCUACGGAUUGCUUUUGCCAGAACACACAGCAAUCAUAUCACACGGUCCUCUUCUCAGACCCCUGUCCCACUCACCCUUGAUAGCGGCCGACCCUCUAUUCUCUCCAUACUCAUGCCUUCUGGUCGACGACUGGCGCGUUGCCCACGGCAUUCGUUUUCCACAAGGCCCACCAGAAUUACCGCUCUACCUACCAUUUCGAUUAACUCCCCGUCAAGGAGAAUAUGAAACCCACCGCUCACAGCGAGUCCAACCCAGCUCAGCCCGGGAGUCCCACCGUCACGCCGACUAGCCGACCUGCUUCAUUCGACUUGACGCCCAUCAGCAAUGCCACGCUGCGAUUUCAAUUUGGCAGGUGUCUUGGCCUCUUGGGCAUCGGGUCCCACACCACGAUCAAGCCUUGUGUGGUCGACGGCGGAAUACCUCCUUUAACCUCCUGGCCUCGGCGUAGCCGACGAGUGUCGAUGUUCAACAUAAAAGCAGCCAUGGACGCUCUCUUCGGUCUCGUCUUUCUUGGAACUCAGGAGCUACCGGCCUAAACAUCCAACCGCUACACUACCAGCCCCAAUCAUCUCCGGCAUUAUCGUCUCUCGCUGUCCCGCAUAUU